AUGUACUAUGACUGUAGAUAUAUUUCACCCCCUGAGGCUGCGUGGAGGAUUUUUGGGUUUGACAUACAAUUUAGGAACCCAUCUGUUGAACGUUUGAGUUUCCAUCUUCCCAAUGAGCAAUCAAUAAUAUUUCAUGACGACGAUUUGGUCGAUGAUGUGGUAAAUCGACCAACAGUAUCUCAAAGCAUGUUUACUGCCUGGUUUGAAGCUAAUAAAAAGUAUGCAGCAGGGAGGGAGUUGACUUAUUCACAAAUGCCAACAAAAUUUGUUUGGAAGAUUCGUGGACCGACUUCAUUUGAUGAGAUUAAAAAGGUCGAUGGUGUUCAAUACAAUUCCUUUAGAGAUGCGUGUUAUGCCCGCGGAUUAAUUGAAGAUGAUAAAGAGUAUAUUGAUGCAAUCACUGAGGCAGAAACGUGGUCCUUAGCAAGUUCUCUACGGAAGUUGUUUGUUACCCUUCUAACAUCCAGUUCGAUGGCCAACCCAGAAAAUGUUUGGGAGAUGGUUUGGCAAUUCUUAUCAGAUGAUGCUGAAUAUGUUUAUAGAAGGAACCUAUCAGUCCCAGAUUUAAACAUGAAUGAAUCUCAAAAAAAGAAUUUUGCGCUGCUUGAAAUAGAGAAAUUGUUGAAUGCUUGGAACAAAUCUCUAUCAGAUUACCCACCUAUGCCAAUGCCAGAUGGAAACAAUGAUUGGAUUUGUGGUAAUAGGUUAUUGUUAGAGGAAAUGUCAUAUGAUAGGGAAGCUCUAAUGCAUCUACAUGAUUCGUUGCAUCCGAAGCUAACUGAUGAACAACUACUCAUAUACAAUAAGGUGAUGGGAGAUGUUGAAAAUGAGAAAGGUGGAUUGUAUUUCGUAUAUGGUUACGGUGGAACCGGAAAAAUAUUUUUGUGGAAGACAAUUUCAGCAGCUUUAAGGUCCAAAGGCGAGAUCGUUCUAAACGUAGCCUCAAGCGGAAUAGCUUCGUUGCUGCUACCUGGCGGUAGGACUGCACACUCCAGGUUUGCUAUACCGCUUGGUGUUAAUGAAGAUUCAACCUGCAACAUAAAGCAAGGCAGUCCGCUUGCUGAAUUGAUAAUCAAGUCCAAAUUAAUAAUUUGGGACGAAGCUUCGAUGAUGCACAAACAUUGCUUUGAAGCAUUGGAUCGCACAAUGCGAGACUUAAUGCGGUUCAAAAAUUCAAGGAGCUCAACAAUGACAUUUGGAGGGAAAACUGUGGUGUUGGGUGGAGACUUUAGACAAAUUCUACCAGUUAUUCCCAAAGGUACUAGACAAGAUAUAAUACAAGCCAGCAUUAAUUCAUCUUACUUGUGGAAUAAUUGUGAAGUUCUUCGUCUAACGAAGAAUUUAAGAUUGCGCGGUGUUAGUAAUGAAGAUGAUUUGGAGAAGUUAGAUAGUUUUGCCAAGUGGAUUGCGGAUUUAGGUGAUGGUAAUCUUGGUGAAGACAACAAUGUUGAUUGCAAUAUAAUAAUGCCGUCUUCCAUUGUAUUACAAAAUGAGGUUGAUCCAAUCAAACAAAUUGUUGAAACCACAUUCCCUGAAUACCAUUCUGGCAACAUGGAUGAAAGACAAUUAGAGGAUAGAGCUAUUUUAGCUCCAACAUUGGAUGUGGUUGACGAGGUCAAUGAGUACCUGAAUGAUAUUAAUCAAGCUGCAUCAAGGACAUAUUUGAGUUGUGAUUCUAUUUGCAAGGCUGAGGCAAACUUUGAUAUGCAAUCUCAGGUACACACAACAGAAUUUUUAAAUAGUCUGAGGUGCUCAGGUGUACCAAACCACUCUUUAACAUUGAAAAUUGGAACUCCAGUUAUGCUGUUGAGAGAUCACUCGAUGGGGUUGUGCAAUGGUACAAGGUUAAUAGUAACACAAUUGGGAAAUCAUGUAAUUGAGGGGAAAAUCAUAGCUGGCAAUAACGCAGUAUCUCGGGUCAAUAAUCCGGAUGGUCUUAAGGUCUUAAUUUUUGGGGAAUCUAGAGGUCUGAUAAACAAGACCCAAAAUGUAGUUUAUAAAGAAAUCUUUAAUAAUUUGUAA